GUGACAUUAAUGUUUUACUUGAAUCUGAGACAUUUGCUCCCACAACAGCGGACGAGUUCACUCAUGGAUACGUUUAAUUGGAAAGUGCGAUGGGCCUCUUGUAUCAUCUGGUUUCUGUACGUGUCCCUGUGUGACUGCUCACCACUGCCGGACUCAGAGCUACAGAUGUACGGGGAGGUCCAUUCCCCUGAGUAUCCUCAGCCUUACCCUCCCAACCUGCAGGAGCAGUGGGACCUCACUGUGCCUGAGGGCUACCAGAUUCGACUCACCUUCACGCACCUGGACAUCGAAGCUUCAGCAAACUGCUACUACGACUCACUUACAGUUUUCUACAAAAAGAAGGUCCUCGGCAAGUUUUGUGGCAAUGAAAAUUCUGCUGAUGGGUAUCACCCAGGCAACCAGCUCAUCUUGUCUCCAGGCAACAGUCUCACCCUCGUAUUUCAAUCAGACAAAAACAACCCAGAGCGCCACCAGAAUGUAGGCUUUUCCGCUCAGUACCAGGCGAUAGACAUAGAUGAAUGUUCUGCACCACAGCCUGGAGAUGGCUCUGGUCCACUCUGCUCUCAGAUCUGCCUCAACACCCUUGGUUCAUAUCUCUGUUCCUGUCAUCAUGGUUAUGAACUUCGCUCAGACCAGCACACCUGUGUGUUAUCCUGUGGCGGUGGUAUAUUUGAUGAGCCAGAGGGGCAUCUGUUCAGUCCAGGAUACCCUAAUCACCCACCUCAUGCCAUGUCCUGUCAGUAUAUUAUUUCUGUAGAGCAGGGUUUCACUAUUUCUCUAAACUUUACUGACAACUUCCACAUUGAGAGCAUGGACACCCCAGAGGGGCCAAAAUGUCUCCAUCACUGGUUGCAGGUGACCGUCUCAGACCAACAGCCCAUGAAGCUAUGCGGCAGAACAAGCCCAGGCCUGAUAGACACAAACUCAAACUUGGUCAAGCUGGAGUACCACAUUGAUCAUGAAGGACAGAGCAAUGGCUGGAGUCUGGACUACAGGACACACAGAGUGAAGUGUCCAUUCCCUGGUAGUAUAGUUAAAGGCAGGGUUACUCCUGUAUUGAGUGAAUAUCUCUACAGAGACUACAUCUAUGCACGCUGUGAUCAAGGAUACAAGUUGAUGAUGAAUGGUCAAGAGGUGGAGCGUUUCUCCACCAUUUGCCAAAGCAACGGGCAGUGGCACCUUCCACUGCCAGAAUGCCACAUUAUUGACUGUGGAGAACCUGAACCUUUACUGAAUGGAGGAUUUAACUUCCUGUCUGGGUUUCAGAAUCAGUAUCUUUCUGUUGUUCAGUAUCGCUGCAAUGAACCCUUUUACCAUCUCUUUGGAAAUGCAAAUGUUAACUUCACCUGUGAAGCAGACAGAAAAUGGAGAUCAACCCAUGACAUUAUUGUCCAGCCAGUUUGCUUGCCAGUCUGUGGCCAGCCAACAAAUGAUAUCAAUGUGUAUCAGAGGAUCAUUGGAGGCAGAGACGCUCCAGAGAAUACAAUCCCCUGGCAGGUGCUACUGAGUGUAGAUGGAGCUAGGGGAGGAGGCAUGGUGAUUGGAGAACGCUGGAUUAUGACAGCAGCUCAUAAUGUAGUAAAUAAGGGACAAACAGUAUCACAUGUAAUUUUACAGAUUUUCAUGGGACACAAUGAUGUAGAUACCCUGAUAGACUCUCCUUUGAAUGCUACAUCAGUCCAUGUUCACCCUGAAUACAACAACCCCAACAAUUUGAACUACAACAAUGACAUUGCCUUGAUCAAACUGCAGGAUACAAUCACAUUCAGCUCAUCUGUAAUGCCGUUGUGUUUGCCAGCAGAGGGUGCUACAUAUGACACUGGGGUGAUGGGGCUGGUAUCCGGCUUUGGCAUUGCAGACGAUGGCAGUAAGCGGCUCCUAACAAAUAAAUUGAAAUAUGUGCCUCUCCCAGUGGUGGACCAGGAGACAUGCAGGAAUUCAAUCACUUCAGUGAAGAGAACAAGCGGCAACAUCCCAGACCUGACAAAUAACAUGUUCUGUGCUGGAAUCCCUGAAGGUGGAAAGGACUCUUGUCAAGGUGACAGUGGAAGCCCCUUCACUCUGACUGAAAAUGGGCGACACUGGGCUGCUGGGAUUGUCAGCUGGGGAGUUGAGUGUGGACGGCGGGGAACAUAUGGAGUCUACACCAGAGUAGUUAACUACCUGGACUGGAUCAAGAAGACCAUGCAGGAGAACUAAAAGUUACAAUAAUUCAGUACAAGAUGUAAAUAUAUAAUACAAAAAUGUCCACAUUAAAAUUAGAAGUAAUUUAGCUUUUUCUUGGAAUGAUGAUUGUAAUUUUUUUGUCUGUGUUGUUUUAAAAAAAGCUAUAAAUUUGGACAAACAGCCAAAAAUUGAGUGUAUGUCAGAGAAUUGUCUUUAAAUCCCUGCAAAGGCUUUUCCCCCAAGUUGUAAUAAACAGGAUUAAUGCA